AGCCGCCGCCAGUCCGUCGGUCCGUCCCUCCCCGGGGAUCGGCCGCCUCCAGAGCCAGGGCGGCCCCGGGCAGUCAUGGGGGGCGAGCGGCAGCACUACUACGGGAAGCACGGGACCCCACAGAAGUAUGACCCCACUUUCAAAGGACCCAUUUACAACAGAAGCUGCACUGACAUCAUUUGCUGCGUGUUCCUCCUCCUGGCCAUUGUGGGCUACGUGGCUGUCGGUAUCAUAGCCUGGACCCACGGGGACCCUCGAAAGGUGAUCUACCCCACGGAUAGCCGAGGCCAGUUCUGCGGGCAGAAGGGCACGAAAAAUGCGGACAAGCCCUUCCUGUUUUAUUUCAACAUCGUGAAGUGCGCCAGCCCCCUGGUCCUGUUGGAAUUCCAGUGUCCCACCCCCCAGAUCUGCGUGGAGAGAUGCCCGGAUCGCUACCUCACCUUCCUGAGUGCCCGAGCCUCCCAGGACUUUGCAUACUACAAGCAGUUCUGUGGGCCCGGGUUCAAGGAGCAAAAGAGUGUGGCGGAAGUGUUUCGGGAUGGCGACUGCCCAGCCGUCCUCAUCCCCAGCAAACCCUUGGCCCGACGAUGCUUCCCAGCCAUCCACGCCCACAAGGGGGUCCUCAUGGUGGGCAACGAGACCACCUACGAGGAUGGCCACGGCCACCGGAAAAACAUCACGGAGCUGGUGGAAGGUGCCAAGAUGGCUAACGGGGUGCUGGAGGCCCGGCAGCUGGCCAUGCGGGUGUUUGAAGAUUACACCGUCUCGUGGUACUGGAUCAUCGUAGGCCUGGUCAUCGCCAUGGCGAUCAGUCUCCUGUUCAUCGUCCUGCUCCGCUUCCUGGCUGGUAUUAUGGUCUGGGUCAUGAUCGUCAUGGUGAUCUUGGUGCUGGGCUACGGGAUAUUUCACUGCUACAUGGAAUAUUCCCGGCUGCGUGGCGAGGCCGGCUCCGACAUCUCACUGAUGGACCUCGGCUUCCAGACGGAUCUCCGCGUGUACCUGCACUUGCGGCAGACGUGGAUAGCUUUCAUGAUCAUUCUCAGCAUCCUGGAGUUGAUUAUCAUCUUGCUACUCAUCUUUCUACGGAAGAGAAUUCUCAUCGCCAUCGCGCUCAUCAAGGAAGCCAGCAGGGCUGUGGGAUACGUCAUGUGCUCCCUUCUAUACCCUCUGGUCACUUUUUUCUUGUUGUGCCUCUGCAUUGCCUAUUGGGCCAGCACGGCCGUUUUCCUGUCCACUUCCAACGAAGCCGUCUACAAGAUCUUCAAUGACACUGCCUGCCCGGUGGCUGGGAAAACCUGUAACCCUGAGACCUUCUCCUCCUCCAACGAGUCCCGCCUGUGCCCGGGCGCCCACUGCCAGUUUGCCUUCUACGGCGGCGAGUCCGGCUACCACCGGGCGCUGCUGGGUCUGCAGAUCUUCAACGUCUUCAUGUUCUUCUGGCUCGCCAACUUCGUGCUGGCGCUGGGCCAGGUCACGCUGGCCGGGGCCUUCGCCUCCUACUACUGGGCCAUCCGCAAGCCCGACGACCUGCCCGCCUUCCCGCUCUUCUCCGCCUUCGGCCGGGCGCUCAGGUACCACACAGGCUCGCUGGCCUUCGGCGCCCUCAUCCUGGCCAUCGUGCAGAUCAUCCGAGUUGUGCUCGAGUACCUGGACCAGCGCCUGAAAGCUGCGGACAACAAAUUUGCCAAAUUCCUCCUGAUGUGCCUCAAAUGCUGUUUCUGGUGCCUGGAGAAGUUCAUCAAGUUCCUCAACAGGAAUGCCUACAUCAUGAUCGCCAUCUACGGCACCAACUUCUGCACCUCUGCCAAGAACGCCUUCUUCCUGCUCAUGAGAAACAUCAUCAGAGUCGCCGUCCUGGACAAAGUCACCGACUUCCUCUUCCUGCUGGGCAAACUCCUGGUGGUGGGGAGUGUGGGGAUCUUGGCUUUCUUCUUCUUCACCCACCGAAUCAGGAUUGUGCAGGACACGGCGCCCCCCCUCAAUUACUACUGGGUCCCUAUACUGACGGUGAUCGUCGGCUCUUACCUGAUUGCCCACGGCUUCUUCAGCGUCUAUGGGAUGUGCGUGGACACGCUGUUCCUCUGCUUCUUGGAGGACUUGGAACGCAAUGACGGCUCGGCCGAGAGGCCUUACUUCAUGUCUUCCAACCUCAAGAAGCUCUUGAACAAGACAAACAAGAAGGGGGCAGAGUCGUAAAGGGCCCCCGCCCUCCCCCACGUCUCCGGAAGCUUCACACCGGGUGCUCUGUGGCUGGGUCAGUACCCCCCCGCCCAGCCCCCUUGGGCCUGUCACUGCCCCCCAUCCCCGUUGUCCGGUCACCCCCCAGCUUGCAGGGACCCGGAGGAUUGUGCACGGGCCUGGGUGUAGGCCGAGGGGCAGGCGGUGUUUUCACGGCCACCCUCCCCGAGACUGUGGGACGAGUCGCUCCACCCUCACUGGCCUGGAUGGGGAGAGAUAUCUGGUGGGGGCUCUCGAUGUCUGGGAUGUGAUGUGGGGCCCCCAUACUUCCUCUCCCCCUCUUUUGACGGGACUGUGGUUUGUGUCUGAGGAUGUGGCAGGGCUCCCCAGGGCUGGGGGCUGGGGGCUGGAGGUUGUCACCCACUGGUUCACUCUCCGUGGGUCUGGCCAGGGCCAAACCCCCUUCCCUGUUGCAAAAUAGCUUGCUUGAGAGCCGCCAGGAGCAGUUCUUUUCUUUUCUUUAACUUGGAAUUGUAUUAAAGUUGGCCUCGCUUUCUUUUCCAUCCGUCUCCAGCUGAGAUGGGGCCCCCUGGACGAGUGCCCGCCUUUGUACCCCUUCCCCUCGGGAGUGGCUGGGGCGGGAGCGUGUGUGCCAAACUGGGGGUGUCUCCCUGCCUGUGUGUGGGGCUGUGUCCAGGGGAGAAGGGGAAGGGGAGGGCAUUGGAGGAGGGCAGCUGCGAGAAGGCUAACAGCUUCCUGAUGGAAGCCAGAUGCACUGAUGGAGAAGCAGAGGCCCACUUCCCCCCUCCUUCCCCUGCCCUUUACCAACUUACCUCCCUUUGUAAGAGACAAAAGAAACUGAAUCCACCCAAGGGAUGAGCUUCAGGGGAAGGCGGGGGACGUGUCCUGGGCGGAACGGGCCCCUCUCUGCCCAACACCUCCUCCCAGAUCCCUUUGCCAAAUUUGUCAAAUGAACGUGGGAGACUGGGUCUCUCUGUCCUGCUUCCUGGAUGUAUCCCAGGUUCUCCACCGACCCCCAUUCUUGUCUUUGUGCAUCAGCCCUCUUCUGGAAGCCCAGUGAGGGGGGGAUUUCCCAGCCCGGGGGGUCCCCCGUUUCCUGUGCCUGCCGUCCCCCCAUUCUGUCUGCACGCCCCUGCGUGUAAGUGCAAUUGCAACCAUGAAUAAAGUGCCUAUUGUACCGAG